CCGCACCUGUGCUCAACUCCAGGGCGCCUGCAUUGUGGGCCCUUCUGGCCUCAGAGCUGUGGCUGCUGCCCAGUGUCUUCCCGCAGGCAGGAGCCCUCCAGUGGCUUCUAGUAAUGGCCCAGACCUGCCACGCAGGUUGUCGCAGAUGGAGGGUCAUCCUGGCUGCUGCCCACUCCUGCAGCACACUCUGGAAGGUUGUGGAAGGUCCUCAGCCUUUUCCAGGCCUCCAAGGACUCCCUGCAGCCGCCCCGGGGUCUCCCCUCUGGGACUUCUGAUCUCUUGCAAGGUCAUCAAGGACACCGGGUGAGGUCUUUUCCCUUUCAGCCUCCAGGCUGCUCCAGAGGAUCGCCGCGGGCACUUCCUAAGCCUGGCACCGGCUCCUGUCUCCACUGCUGUCCCUGUCAGCCACGCGCAAGAACUCACAGGCACUCAGGUCCUCAAGGUGGGGUGGAGUCCCUUCCCUGACUCGUCCUCAGGACCAGCUGGGCCCCAGGCUAGCAUGCACAGAGCCCAUGUCCAUCCCACCACGCUGCCUGCCAGGGUCAUCACGGCAACCCCUGGGGUGUGCCUCCUCGAGCUCCGGGGAGGAGGAAGCAAGUCAGGACUCCUGGAUCUGGGAGAUCUGGGAGUGCUGGUGGGAGCCCCAGCAGGAGCUGCAGGGCUCGUGCUGUGUCGCUGAGUGACACGGGGUUAUUAUGCUGUCAUGGGGUCACCUGGAAUUCUCUGCCACCCCACUGAGAGGCAGCUCAUUAGGAAGCCCCCACCCCCGCCAGUGCCAGCCAGGGCCUGCACCCACUGUCCCCACCCAGUUUCAAUGACCGUCCUGAGGGCUCACUAUAGGCCAGGGGCCAGCACAGGCCAACAUCCAGAGCCAGGCAGUGGUCAGCCUGUCCUGCAGUGAUGGGCACUGGGCUGUAGACCUUGAGGCCGCCAUGUGAGCACAUGGUCAGGCCAGGCCGAUGGCGGCUGGGGCUCGCCCUGGUGCUCACCCACCUUGGUCACUGGCCAUGCCAGCCCCAGUCUUGGGCAGGCUGCCCACGUACCUGGGGGGAGCGCUCCAGUCUCUCUCCAGGGAUGGCCAGCAGCAGGGCCUCUGGUCUCUCAGGACCCUGGGGAGAACGGAUGGCAGGAAGACCAAGCCCAGGGAAGACAGGCUCGGUCUACCUACAGCCGAGGAUGACCUCGUAGCUGCCCCGAAGUGGCCCGGGGCCUGGCAGCAGCUGGGCUGUCGUGGCACGAUUCCUCACACGGUCUGGUCUUAUGACAUGGAGGAUCCAGGCCCCAGGACGGGGGCCUGCAGCUCGCCCCUGUGGGCUGCCGGCCAGGAGGCCAGGGACAGGGACAGUUCAGUGUCAUCGGGCCCCCUUUCUGGCUCCUCCGGGGGCCAUGAAUCAUGUGCCCUUCCCCACGGGCCCUGGAGGGAGAGGCCACCCCAGAUGUUAGAGCCCCAGCGGCAGCCCAGAAAGAGCAACCCACGGCUGGAGCAGCUGAGGGACAAGAUCCGGGCGCAGACACAGUGGCAGGCCAGCUGCGCCUCCCUGGGCACCUCGGCUCCCUCCAGUGACUCGCGCCUCUACAGAGCCGCUCCACCAGCAUCCCGGAGGAAGACCCGCAGGGCGACAAGCGCCCUUCCAGCCCCCACACGAUGCCCAGGCUUCAGUGACCUGCAUGGGACUGAACCCAGAACUGAAGACAUAGUACUUUCUGGCCUGGGGCACAAGCUCUCUGGGGUCACCCAGCACCAGGCUUCAGUUCCACGGGAGAAAACCAAGAGGACCAGAAGCAGCUCUUGGAAAAGAGAGAAGCCCAUCCAGUCGCCCUCCCCCAGCAGAUCUGCCAAAUGUAAAGAUUCUGAGUUGGCUGGUGUUUACGCCUGGAGGAGAGGACCAGCUCUGGUGAGGCUGCUGCUCGGGCCCCCGCCCGCCCGCCCCAGGCUCCCGAGCAAGGCCCCCUCGAGGGACCGGGCCCCCAGCAUGGAAUUAGGAGACAGCAAGAGAGCCGCAGCCACCCAGAGCUGUCCCGUCCACACCUGGCUGCCCAGGCCUGCCUCUGCCUGCAGUGACCAUCGGCUGUCUGAGAACACACCCAGCCUGACUUCCCAAGAUCAGCCGGUGACAGUCCAAACCGCUAUGGCCAUCCUACAAGACCUCCGCCAGCAAAUCCAGGCCGGGCUGGAGUUGGUCUGCAGCCCCAGGAGUAGACGGAAACUCAGACCUGAUAAGGCGAAGCCGCAGAAUCCAGGAGGGAGGAGGCAGCAGGGCCCCCAGAGCUCCCGGGGUGUGCAGGGCUCCUUUUCCAACAGUCCUUGGGCCAUGACAGAGGGGAAGUGCUCCUCUUUAGACAGGACCAGCAGCACCUGCACCCAGCAGCCCCGGCGCACCUUGGCCGAGUGGGAGUCCUGUCCACAGAGGGCCUGGGCGGCCCACGGAUGGGACCCUUCUCUCCAGAGGGCAAGAGACCCCCCUGAAAAGCUGGCCGCCUUCUCACGGCGGCCCUGGAGUGCCUUGGGUGGACAGACCUGUCCUCAGAGAGCUCAGGCGGCUCGUGAAGACUGGGAGAUUCCUGUCUCCAGACCCUGGAGCUCUCUGGAAAGACCACGUCCUGCCCCACCGCGGUCCUGGAGCAGCUCCUUUGUGCAAAAGACUGGACCCCCCAGUAAGGGCAGAGUUGCAGGUCCCCAUCCCUUGGGAGCCAAGCAGGCCUGGUCGAGGCCCACCCAGGGCCUCCCUCAGAACCCAUCCAGGAAGGAGCAAGAUCUGAGGUCAUCCGCGUCCUGCCCGCGGCCCCGGGCACCCCUGGGCCAGCAGCACAGCUCAGAGUCCUUACGGGACUUCAUGCGCCAGAAGGCACAGGCCCGGCGGCAACAGGCCCUGGAACGGAAGGCCCUGGCUACCCGCACGCUGGAGCUGAGGAACCAGAGGCUGCAGGAGGUCUACCGGAAGCAGAGGGAGGCAGUGCUUGGCAAGGCAGUCCCCGUGGUCUCCCAGACCAACCCUGGCAUCGUCACCUUUGUCCCCAGUUCUGCAAGGUCCGAGGGCCUGGAAGCCCCAGAGAGCCUGGCAUCUUCUGUGCUGCAGUGGAGCAAGGUGACAUCCGGCAAGGUGCUGGGGGGCCAGGAGGCCCCCGGCAGCUUCUGUCUGUGUUUGAACAGAGCCUGGGACCGCACUGAGACCCUGGAGACUGGAACUGGCGCCCCUCUGCUGCUGUCCACCGCUUCCUCCCUGGGCCCCCUGCAGCUCCAGGACCUGCCCCGUGGGCUGUGCGUCUACCUGGACCCCCAGGAGGCUGACCAGUUGGGCUCCUCAGGCCCCCUGCACUUCCAGUACAAGCAGGCCCGGCUGCAGGCGCUGGAGACCAUGGCCAACGUGCUCAAGCAGCGCAUCGACAUUCUGACCACCAAGCUGCGUGGGGCCGAGGCCUCGGACACUGCCCUGGACUGGCCGCCCGUGGGCCCCAGCACUGAGCCCACUGCCCUCACGCUCCCUGUCCCCACCUGCCCCGGUGCCUUGGUGCCCAACAGAGAAACGGGGGCGCCCCGGGACUGGGUGGGCAUGCAGGCGGAGCCCCUCGCCCCUCCCACCUGCUUCCCGGAUGACGGUCCACAGCUGUGGAGCCCCAGCUGGGAGUCACAGAGCCCAAGCCCAAGAGCCCGCCACAAGAGCCAGCCUCAAGGUGUGGAUAAGGGACGCUGGGAGCUGGAGAAGAGGCUGCAGAGAGACUCAGACUCCCUCAGGUUCCUCGGUGCCCUAACGGGGAGCUCACGCCAGCUGUGGGCACCGGACCCCACCUGCAGCUCCCUUGGUCUGGAGGACAUGCCAGCGGCCAGAGGGGCAGGCUUGGUAAUGCCCUGGAGCACCUGGAGCUGCGGUCAGCAGGAGCCUGGGCGCCUGAGUGCUGGAGAACCGCCCAGCGGGCACCUGGCUGACUUCCAGCAGAAGUCCUCAAGUUUUCUUGAGUCGCUGAAGCUGAACCAGCAGAAGCAGGAGCAGGAACUGGCCCUUCUGCAGCAGCAGGCAGAACAUGAGGUCUGGGAGACGCAGAUGGCCCUGGAAGAGCUGCUCUCCAAGCACCAGCUGAAGCGGCUGAUGGAGAAAGACGCGGCCCAGGCCAGGCCAGGCACGGCUUCGAAGCUGGAGCAGCUGCAGACCUCCUGGGACUCAGCGCCAAGGACACUCCCUGGCCCAGUCUUGCACUCAGCCAGAACACCCUCACCCCUGGCUGCAGAUGCCGCCCCAUUCCCCUGGGCGCCCGAGGAAGGACGAGCCAGUGGGGCACACAAGGAAGCUUCUGCAGAGCUGGGGAAGCCCAAGCUGGGGAAGCCUGACCCAGCCUACUCCCAGCUGCCCUGGACUAGGCUCUGCCCACCGGACAGCCCCACCCACCAGCGGAAAGCGGAGAGGCCCCCAGGUGCCCACCCCGUAGCUUCCAGAUCCUUCAGCCUCUUCACCGUCCCGAUGCUGGAGCAGAACCUGCGGGAGGAGGAGCUGCGCCCACAGCACCUGGCUGAGGUGCUGCGCCUACGCGAGAUGGCCCUGGAAGAGAGGGCGCGCGCCGAGCUGGCUUGCCUGGAGCACGAGUCUGGGUGUCUGGCUUUGAGCAAGGAGCCCAAGGCAGCACAGGAAACCCUGUCGGAGAGGCAGCAGCAAACCCGCAGCAGGCUUGAGGAAGAGCAGAGGGACGGUCAGCACCUGAGGGACUUCCACCUGUCCAAGCACCAAGAUGGGAAGCAGCUCUGGCAGCAUCAGAAGGCCGUCCUCACAGCACGGAGCUCUGCCACCUGCCUGCAGCAGGAGCUGCAGUCACAGACCCAGCUGCCACAGAAUUCCAGCCCUGAAGUCAAGACCAUUGGAGAGGAGGGUUCUGAGCCCAGCCAACAACCGGAGGGAGACCUGACAACCCACAGGCCUCACAGCCCCACCAGCCAGUGUCCCCAGAGUAGCCCUGAAUGCUUGAAAGUCUCACACGCCCCCUGUGUGCCACUGGAGGAGGCACCCCCUGAGACGGCUUCCCAUGCGGAUGAUCACUUGCAGCCUCGGAGAUCUUCAUGGGGAGAGGAGAUGCCUGAGGCCAGAAGCCCACUGGUGGAGAGUGGCAACCAUGUGGACCAAGGUCCGGGGCUUCCUGCAGGCCAGUCGAGGUCUGUGACUCUCAGGACUGUGUCUUCAGAGCCUGGUGAGCAACCUCGUGUCCCGCUGCUGAACCUUCUGCUCUCGAGUUCUCUGAGCAUCGGACAGCUGCUGGGCCCAGUCCUUCCUAUGCAGGUCAUGGAGGCAGAGGAGAGCACCCCCACAGCUCAGCUCAGGCCACCAGAGGCAAAGGAGCCACCCACAGGAGCAGGAAGGACACGAUUUUCCCUGGCAAGUCUACUGGACCAAGGGAGGCUCCCUACAUCUGGAGUUCAAGAGACAAAACCUCAACACAGAUCAGGAGACUCUCAGACCAAGCCAAGGACUACCUUCGCAGAAGAAAGUCCCACAGCUCCGACACACAGCCCUAGGUGGAACUUGGCGGGACAGAGCCAGCAGUCCCAGGGCAGAGAGGGCUCUUGCAGUCCCCAGGAAGCCAGAGUGGCUGAAAGCAGCACAAGUCAAGAGGAAGCAGGAUUGGGGCUGGAUGUGGCUGGGAGCCCUGUAGGGGAGCCUCAGGACGCGAAGAACUGGCGGCUGGAGGAGCAGAGGGUAGAGGCCUGUCGGCAGCAGGACAUCAGGGUCCCCUUCGCCUGGUUGGAAACUGCUGGGCUGGCGGCCUCUCCAGCAGCUCCUGUGGCCCCCAAGGAGGAGGCCUCUGUCCCUUGCUCAGGCAGCCUCCUACCCCAGCUGGGGGCCCCCUUGGACCUGGACAUGGAGUCUGCCUCCAGGACCUGCUGUGGGUCUUCAGAAGCCCCUGCAUCAUCCUCUACCCCCUCAGCAGGCUCUGCAAGUGACCUGUCCUGCUCCUCUCUCCAGGAAUUUCAGAAAGUCACAGCCACCCUGGUCCAGCUUUCUGAUAGUUCCCUUUCCCUGUCUGGCUUGGAAGCUGAGGUCACCCCAGAUGCUGACCUCAACCAAUUCAGGGAUUUCUCUGUUCAUGACUCAUGGGAGGAACUCAGCCCGCCUUUGUCCUGGGGGCUCCACCAGGAAGACCCUCAGCUAGGUGGUGUUCCUGGGGCUGCAGGAUGCAGGUCCUGGCCGAGGCAGGAGGGCAGAGGGGCUGGGUCCAUGGGUGGCUCCUCCAUGGAGGUGGCUAUGGCAGGAGGCCUGGAGUCCAGACAGAGCCUCCUGCAGGUAGGCUGGUCACUGCCCCUCCCAGAUGCCCUCCCUCCAAGGUCGGGGUCAGAGCUUUCAGAAGCCUCCCACCAAAUUUGGGACGAGGACAGUAGGGAGAACCUGUGGGAAGCUGGCAUUGCUGCAGAGCCAGCUGCAGGGAGCUCCUGGCCUUCAGGUGGCUCGUCUGACCUCAAGAAAAGUGGACAGCCUCAAGUGCCUCUUCCUCUUCUGGGCCCUAGAGAGGGCCAGGGAUCUUCUGGAGCCAGAAGAAGCCUCACCAGUGGAUCAAAUACAGGGAACACCAAGCAGGCCUUCCCUGAGGAGAUCGGCCAGGGGCUCCCAUUCCAAACCCCUUCCACCAGUGACUCAGACCCAGCACUGCCCUUUCCCUCAGGGACUUCCACAUCUGGAGGAGAGCCGGUGCCUCCCCAGACCUCAGUGGACUUCCAGGAGGAGCCCUGGGCUGCUGAUCUGAGUCUGUCCACUGAGAGGAGACUUCCACAGACCUCACCUGAGCCUGAGGUCCCCCUGGCCCAGCAGACUCCUGAGGUCUCCAGCAGACUAGACUCUCUGGCUGCCGGGAGCCAGGUGCCUGGGUGUGGGGGGCGUGGAGCCUCUAUUGCUCUGGAGGAAGCUGGUCCUCCACAUGCCAUUGGCUUCUUGGCUGAGAUCCUGUCUCCAGUUGACAAGGGGCUGUCCUGCAGCAGUGGGGACCUCCUGUCCUCCACCCACAGGGAUGCCCACCGACCCCCAACACCUCCCACCCCUGAAGCAAAGAGUGACUCAUGCUCAGAAGACUUCCCUUCCCCACCUGAGGAGGCCAUGCUUUCUGGGGGCUCAAUGGGCCCUCUUGGGGAGGACACCUCCAUCGCCACUGAGGAUUUUUCUGAGGAGGCUCUGCCAGAGGCACUGUCCCCAGGGUCACAGGAGUUGGGGCUCUGCUUGGGGGUGCCUGAGAAGGGCAGAAGCCUCCAAGGCAGAUUGGGUGGAUCAGGUUCUCCUGUGGGUAGCCAAGCCAUGGGCAGCCAGGGGUUAGAACCAGCCAGCUGGCCAGGAUCCCCCGUGAAUGAGGGGGCAGGCAGUGCCCCUAGGACCUGUGUGGCCCAACGGGGUCUGCUGAAGCCGCUGGUGGCCGGCGACAUGGAUGUGCACCCAGCUCCUGCUCUGGGAUUGGGGUCCUGGGCUGGUGUGGCUCCUAAGGAGUCCCUGGGCCAUAUGAGCAGGCCCUGGGAAGGGGCGCAGGGCCUUGAGAGCACAGAGUGCAAGCCAGGAUCAGGGCCCCUCUUGGUGGGCCUGGAUGGGCCCCUGCUCAGAAGGACAGUCACAUCCCCAACACCCUGGCCUGCAGUCCCUGCAGCCUCUGCCCCAGGCCCAGUGCCCUGGCUGGUCAGUGUUGGUGGAGAGGGUGAGGGAGGCCUGAGCUUGUGGGCAGAGGACCAGUCUGGGGCUGGGGACUCACUGGGCAGAGAGCAGCUCCCUGGAGGACACUCCACUCUGAUCCUUGCCUCAGGCCCUGGUGCUGAUCUCCCAGGCUUGGAGAGAGGUGAGGGAGCCCAGGCUGUGGAUCUGGUGUCCACCCAACUCACCAGGAGGAUCCUGUGUGACUCGCUGGCUGUGCUGUCAGGGCUGGUCCCCCAGGGCAGCCCCCAGGGGAAGCACACACACUUGUGAAGCCAUUGCGUGUGCACGUGUGUGCAGGAGGCUUCAGGAGGCCUGGACUUCCAGGGUGGACUGAAAAUGAGGAAUGGCCAUCCUGCUCUGGCUGUGCAGGAUGGUCAUCUGAAAUAGCUGCUUACUGGGCAGGGACUCCAGAUCACGUGCCGACUAGAUCCAGCUGCAUUUCUCUGGACAGUGUCCACAGCCUUGUCAGGUGGCAGAAGAGUCAGAACCUGAGUGAUUAAGAGACAGGCUGUCAAAGGUUGUGUGGGCGGCAAGGACAGGCGAGGAGGUUGGGUACUCCAGCAAGAACAGCCCCUAACAGGACGGCAUGGGAGUCAGCAAAGGCCAAGAGAGGAGGGGAGAGCAGUGGUGUGGGUGAAGGAGGAGCUGGGGAGGGUGGACCUCCCAACUCUUGCUGCCUGCGGCUUCUGUCGGCAAGGGUCUUCUGCGUUUACCAUUUCCAGUAAAUUACUUGCCAGGGGGCUGAUUGGCAGGUAUGCCCCCCACAUGCCCAACUCCUGCAGACUAGACAGGGUGUCCACUCAAGGGCCAACAGUCCCUUCGCCUCCACCAGCAAAGCCUGGGGCUUGUCCUCUGGGGGUAGGGGACCUCUCUGGUACUGCAGACUUGUCCAUAUUUCAAUAGGGCUCCUAGGAUGCCAGGGCCAUCUCUUUCCUCAGAAGCACAGUGACUGGGUCCUAGCAAGAGACCUUGUGUGUGGGCAUGGGGGGUUCAGCCCACACCACCUCCACUUCCUGGGUGGACCUUCCAGGACAGAAUGACCCAGAGUGUCUAUCUGGAGGUGUGGGCAGGUGGUUCCUGCCAGGUCGCUACUUCUGCAAGGAAGCACUGUCCCCCCUCAUCACACGAAUCCCCACCUUCCUCAGGACAUCGUCCAGAGGAGUCCAGGCUCACCAGAUUUCCUGAGUGGAAAAGAGCAAGAGAACACUGACCAGGGAAUGAAAUGAGUCCCACAGCCUUGCUGGGACCCCAGAGGCUGGGGACAGGACCCUAGGCAGGACAGGGCUGCCCUGGGGCAGGUUCAGCAUAUCCCCCUGGAAAACAGCCUGGAGCAUGUGUGAGAGGAGGAGGGGCCACCCCGGCAGUGACCUCCACCCAGAGUAGCCACCUCCACAGGUUCUGAUGGGUUCUGGUACCAUCCCCGGGGAGGAGUGGGCUGCCUGGUGCCCUGUAGCCCCACCCUCACCCCUCGCAGUGCCCCAGCUAGGUGCCCAGACUCGGGAAGAGAGAAAACUUCCCUGGCCACCCGGCUCCCAGGAGGCUUCAUGGGGGUUUAGGAGGACCAGAGGGGCGGGCUGUCUAUAGGGCUCCCGUGUGAGAACCCACUGGGCUGUGCUGUGGCUGCCCUUGGAAUCCUGGCCACGAACCUCGCUGUGCAGGCAGCAGUGUCCGCUGCCCCUGUGGCUGGCGCCCUCUGGACCUUGGCCUGGGGUAAGCUCCUGUGCUCUGACAGCCCUGCGCCCUGGACAAGUCCUUGGCUGGCUCCCGAUCCCACCGACCGCCGGGGGUGCCUCUGCAUUCGUGCCUGCUCUCUGCCUCCUGAGCCUGCGGCCGCCUGACCUGUAUCCGGGCCCUUCUGUGGCCUGCAUGCAGAGUCGUGUCAAGUGGGAUGUGUGCCCUGAGUCUCACAGAUGUUAGAAGUUAAGACUGAAUCGAGAACCUGGGACUGCCCGGCUUCUGACCCCAGGUGACCCACCCGCAUCCAGUGAACUGCCACCGAUGAGUGGUGUCGCCUGAGAAUUCAAGGUCAUUCAGUGAAGUCUGACGCCGUGGAGGGACAGAGCCGAGUCUGGUCUGUGCUUGGGACAGCUGGCUCAGGACGUAGCCCUUCCAUGCUGGUUUCCUGGGCAGCUUCUGGGCCCCCCAGGAAUGUUAGCAGGUCUCACAUCAGUCUCCUUGGUCCUUUGUCUUGUCUGCUCACACUGGGACAGCCCAUCAAACACCAAACCCUUCUCUGCAUUUGUCCCCAACCAGUGCCUUGCUGUGCCCCACAAAGGCCCUCCCUGCUGCCCAGGAGGACCAAAUGGAGCAGGUACCGGGAUCUGCAAAGCCAGACUGUGGCUCGGGACGAGGGUGGGCUCACACCCACACACCUGGCCCACCCCGGGCUCAGGCCUCUCUCCCCUGCCUGAUGCCCUCUUGUAGUGGUUUUCCUUCAGGUCCACUCGCAGUGUGGGCAUGGAUGGUGCCAAAGUCCCGUCUGUGCUCUGUGUCUGCUCCGCCCCCUCUAGGAGUGCCGCAGGGACCCUACGCCCGUGCCCUGGUGUCCAGUCACCACAGGGCAGCUGCCACUCCCUCCACCCUGUUACCCAGGGCGCUUCUCUCAGUCCCACGCUCACCCUGGUUCAUCUCUCCAGUCACACUGGGCUCCUUGCCACCCCUCCACUGUGCUCCGCAUCCUCCUCCCGCAGGGCCUUUGCACAGUGGCUCCUCUGCCUGGGCCUCUCGCUGCCUCUCUCAUCUCAUCCAGAGGCCUCUCUCUGUCUUCUGUUUAUGACACCCCCCCACUCACUCCCUGCCCUACUGCCUGGCUUCCAUACCGCACCUGAGGUCCAGUCUUCUAUUCUGCAGACCCAGGGACUCAAGAGCUCGGCUUUUGUCUCCUGGGUUUGGCACAGAAUGGAGGCCAGUGAAUAUCAGCCUAGGAAAGAUGAGUGAACGGGGAGAAGAGGGACCUGAGGGAGAGGGAGCAGCCACAGGGGUGCCUCUGGCGUGGAUCAUCAUGCAUAGGGUUUCCUAACCCUGACAUCAGCAAAGCCCCUUUCCCACACAGAGCAUUACACGGAGCCACAGGGCGGGCAGAGAUGGCAGCACUGGCAAAUGUACUUCAAGUUUGAAUCCUAAUAGUCACUUACUAAAAGCCAACCAACCAGCAGUGGAGAGGAGACCUAACUUGUGACCUCAGGCUGACCCUAGCCCUUGCCCUUCAGAUGGGUUCCUCAUCUGUGUCCUUUCUUUUCUGUUUUAGCCACAGUUCAGGGAAUGCUGAUGUGUGUAAAAGUUAGGACUCACAAUUAAAAACAAAACCAACAGG